AUGUCAGACGUUAAUGACUCUCAGCGGAGGCGUCAGCCCUUGGGAGACGCGUCGAGUCGGAUAAACCAUUCCAAGUCGCCAAAUGUCGUCGAGACACCGCGCCUGAGGAUCGAGGAAUCAGAGCAGCUAAAGAGUCCAGACCGGAUGUCCUUCCUUAUGACCCCGACCCCGCAAAGAAACAAGGAAAAUGAACGGCUCUCCGUGGCCAUCGACCCGCAGCCCGACUCAGCCCGAAACUCCAUCAUGUCUGCAGCAUCCAUUUUGUCGACCAAAGGUAAGAGGAAAACACAUGUGGGACCAUGGCAGCUGGGACGAACACUGGGGAAGGGAGCCACUGGGCGGGUUAGGCUGGCAAAGCAUGCUGUUACUGGACACACGGCCGCUAUCAAAAUCGUUUCAAAGAAGUCAGCUGCUAUGGUUCAGAGUGAGAGUAUCGCGGCAAUGGACCGUAAUAUGGGAAACUUCCCUACCAAUACGGCCACCCGACAAAUGCCUUGUGGAAUUGAACGCGAAGUGGUCAUCAUGAAGUUGAUUGAACAUCCGAAUGUGAUCAGCCUCUACGAUGUUUGGGAAAACCGUGGAGAAUUGUACCUUGUCCUUGAGCACGUCGAGGGUGGAGAGUUGUUCGAUUAUGUAUCCAACAAUGGACCAUUGCCGGAAGAAGAGGCCGUACGACUAUUCCGACAGAUAAUUGCGGCCCUUGGGUAUUGUCAUCGUUUCAAUAUCUGCCACCGGGAUUUGAAACCCGAAAACAUUUUGCUCGAUGCAAACCAUAAUGUCAAGCUCGCUGAUUUUGGCAUGGCGGCACUGCAACCUGCCGGCCACUGGCUGAAUACUUCAUGUGGUAGCCCUCAUUAUGCAGCACCAGAAAUCAUUUAUGGCCGCAAAUAUCGUGGCGACAGAGCUGAUAUGUGGAGCUGCGGUAUCAUCCUGUAUGCUCUUCUGACUGGUUACUUGCCUUUCGAUGGAGGGGAUCUGGGAAGCACCCUGCGGCUUGUGAAGAAAGGAGACUACGAGAUCCCUUCCGAGUUGAGUGAUGAAGCAGCCGAUCUCAUCCAGCGUAUUCUUCAAAAGCGCCCAGAAGAUCGGAUAUCCAUGCAAAACAUUUGGUUGCAUCCGUUACUAAUUAAAUAUGAAAAGCUUCACAAUGCGAUGAUUGAUCACUACGUCGGUCCUCCUCCUGCCCUGUCGGUGAAGGACUGCGGUCAAACCUUGUCCUGUCAGCAGGACAUCGAUCUCGAUAUCCUUCGCAAUUUGCAGACUUUGUGGCAUGAUGUCAAGGCAGACGAGCUAAUUCAAAGACUUCUAUGCAUCGAACCAACCCAUGAGCGAAUGUUCUACAAUGCUUUGGCAAAAUUUCGUGAUGAGCAGCUGGAGAACUAUCAAGGACAGCCUCUAGAGUACUCAGCUAGUGACUAUCACCACAUAUCUCGCACUGGCGGUAGACUUCGUCGAGGCCGCAGCCAAACGGGUCAGGGUAGCUCUAAGCAUCGCUCUCACUUCCCAUCUGUUAAAGAGUUCCCUCGUCGCCUCAGCUCCUCCAAGGAGCCAAUGUCCUCCGGGACGGUGGUGAGCUAUGACCCAUACCGGUCACCCAAGCAUAGUGACACAGCAUCCGAAGCACAGUAUGCCCAUGUUACCGUCCGCCGAGAGUCCUCAGAGCAAUGCCAAGCUAUUCUAUCAUCGCCAAGGGUGAAUCCUCCUCCUUCCAUUGCAGAGGAGCAAGAGCCAGAAGAAUCAGAUGGGCCGGAUGGCUCGCCGUUCACGGUUCUCCAGAAGCGAAAGCACGGACCUAGCUCUAUGAAGUCAUUCGUCUCUUCCAGGGUACCUCAUUCUAGCUCCCGCGCUCCCGGAUUGUCGACGCACUCGAUUAGCUAUCGUCGCAAUGUUUCUUUCCACCACGCUCGCAACCGCUCUCAUGGAUCUGCAUCUGCUAAACUCAAGAAAAGAAAGAUUGUCUCCCCGAAUCAGCCAAAUGAGAUCAAGCGGUCACCGAGUACCUGCAGCUUACAACUUAUGGCAGAUGGCCUCGAUAUCCCGGAUAUGCCAAGCAGCCCAUCCCUGCCAGCACAGCCAACCAUGGUGCGAGGGAAUGGGCCAAAGGUCAAGAGCUUGGGACAAGUCAGAAAGGUUCGUGAUACAGACUACACAUGGAGGGAGGACACUCGGAAGGUCUCCCAUGAGCUCAGCCAGAUCUGCGAGGAGGCAUUCAAUGGAAGCUCUGCCACAACCAUUCGCACUACGAGCGGCGGAUCUGGAUACGAAACACCGGGAACUCCAGUCUCAAUGGCAAGCCCCGAGCAAGUUCAGCCUAAUUCGACGACCCUAGCGCCUAACACUUCUAAGGAGUCAUCCGGAUCCUACAAUAUUAAAGAACUUAUCGAGACACGCCAAAAGCUCUUUGAGCACGGCCGCGACCGAAGAGACGACGUUCCUGCUUAUCUUUCUGGUGUCAUAACUCAUCUAGAUCGCUUGAUUGAAGAAGACCAGGUCCAGAAUGGUACACGGAAACCGUUGGAUGUAGGAUCCUUCAAAGAUCCUUUCGUCACUUCACCAAACGAGGGCUUCCCCCCUGUUACCAACGAUAAUCGCGCAAGCCCUUUCCGCGUGCUAAGCCAGAUCAGCCCUCGACGGCAGCAAAAGCCACGGACUUCGCUCGCUACAUCUCAGGGCGGCGAUGUUAAGGCCACCAUCCGGAUGGUACCACACAGCUCACUGCCCUCCAUGGAAGAAGUUAAGCCUCUGACUAUUCGGAAGAAGAACUCCAGCAAGUUCGCUUCCUCCGAUGUUCAUGAAUUUGCUAUGGUUGAUUCUGCGGGUGGCGAUCGGAACCUUUCCAUUGGAUCGCGACAUGCUGGUCAACCUAGUGGGCUGGCUCCCAUUGAAGAAGUUCCGCUAUCCCCCAAAAAAAUCACACCCCAUGCCCAGGAAGGGAAGAAAUGGUCAUGGUUUAAGCCUCGCCAUCAGGGCUCUUACAAUCCUCCUGCUCUCCCACCCAAGGACAGCCAUCUCAUCAUUCCUAGUGGGGGCACGACUGUGCACAAUGCAAUUACCCUCGAGCCUGCGUCUCCCCCCAAGACACAAAGCCCACAGCAACUUCCCCGACGAAAGGCAUCUAUGGAUCGCUUUGGCGGUGGCUUUUUCAAGAAACUCUUGACUAAGAAGUCCGCCCAGAAUAUGGAAGAACCUCCUGCUAACAAUGAAAAAGACCCCCAAACCACGCCAACCAAGGACAAUCGUUAUUCUUCCCUGAUGUGCAAGGGUCUCGCAGACACCGACAGUUCCGUUGAAGCGGAUGAUCCGCCAAACCCAUUCCGCCACAAGCGCCGCUCAGUUGCCAACCACAACUGGUUUGCCCGGGUUUUCCAGAUCAAGCCUGCUACCCACGUCAUUGCACUCAACACGUCCAAGGUUAAGGGACGCAAGGAACUCUACAAACUCCUUCGCGAGUGGCGGGAUUUUGGCAUGGAGGAUGUGUACCUGGACAAGACUAACGGCAUCGUUCACGGUCGUGUCAGCGAAGCAAAUUUCCUCCAACUUCGGGAGGUUGAGUUCACUGCUGAAUUCUACACUGUCCUUGAGCACGGCCACCAAGCCAACCUCAGCCUGGUCCGCUUUAAACAGGAGCGUGGAGCCGCAUCGUCUUUUAACAAGGUCGUUGAGACAGUGCAGAGCACACUGAUGCGCCGUGGCAUGGUUGUUGAAGACCCAUUUCGUGCAAAGAAGAUGUCCAGCGUUCUGGAUUCCGUCUCUAACCACAAAUAA